AAGGAGAAUGCAAGGACAGAGAAGGCACAACCAUUUGGCAUUACUCAUAAUGUACUGAAUGUCAGGAGCUGCACAUUUUUCUCAGCCCAGCUCUGGGGCAGCUUGAAAAAAACAACAACACCCAGUAUCAAGAUGGAGAAAGAAAAAGAGAGCGAAUCUAUUUCACUCCCUCCAAGGGAGAACUAUAUGGACAACCAGGGACUAGAUAUCAUGGAGGAAGAACCAGACAUUCUGGAAAAAACAAGGAAUGAAGAUCCAGGAAUUAACUUGGGGAAUGGAUUAGAGCUUUCCAGUUCCCAAAGGGGGAGACAGAGGCCUUUCUCCAAGGCAAGACAGUUCUACAAAACUCAUGCGCCAUUGUUCCAGAGAAUCCUCUUGGGCCUCCUGUGUACAGCCUAUGCUGCCUUUGUCCUGGUGGCCUGUAUCCUGAAUUUCCAGAGAGCCCUGGCUUUGUUUGUCCUUACCUGUUUGGGCCUCUUCUUCCUGGCUUACAGUUUCAUUAAAAGGCAUUUUGGGAAGAAACUGUUGAGAUGUGGGAAGCCCUUUGAAAAUUCUCGGGUGAGGCUUUGGCUAAAAUGGGGUCUAAUGGCAGUUGCCUUGGUUAGCCUCAUCUUAUGGCUGGUCCUUGACACUGCUCAAAGGCCAAAGCAGCUCAUUUCUUUUGCUGGAAUCUGUAUGUUCAUUAUCAUCCUCUUUGCUUGCUCCAAACACCACUUUGCAGUGCCCUGGAGAGCUGUAUUUUGGGGUCUUAUGCUGGAAUUUGCUCUUGGCAUCUUGGUCAUCCGAACUGAUCCUGGAUUUGCUGCAUUUCAGUGGCUUGGUGAACAGAUUCAGAUUUUCCUCAAUUAUACAGUAGAUGGCUCCAGUUUUGUCUUUGGGGAAACUCUCAUCAAGGAUGUUUUUGCCUUUCAGACCUUACCAAUCAUUGUGUUCUUCAGUUGUGUGAUGUCCAUCCUCUACUACCUGGGAAUCAUGCAGUGGGUGAUUGUGAAGGUUGCCUGGCUUUUGCAAAUUACCCUGGGCACCACAGCCACAGAGACCUUGAGUGUGGCAGGAAAUAUCUUUGUGGGUAUGACGGAGGCGCCUUUGUUGAUUCGGCCAUACCUGCCAGACAUGACAUCCUCAGAAGUCCACGCUGUUAUGACAGGAGGUUUUGCUACCAUUUCAGGCACUGUGUUGGGAGCCUACAUCUCUUUUGGGAUUGAUCCUGCGUCCUUGGUUUCUGCUUCUGUGAUGGCUGCUCCUUGUGCUCUUGCCCUGUCUAAGCUGGUCUACCCAGAAGUGGAAGAAUCCAAGUUCAAGAAUAAGGAAGGAGUAAAACUGUCUCGUGGCACUCAGAAGACCAUUCUAGAAGCUGCCAGCAGUGGCGCUGCAGACUCUAUAGGACUCAUCGCUAAUAUAGCUGCCAACCUCAUCGCCUUCUUGGCUGUCUUAGCUUUUAUCAACGCUGCCCUUUCCUGGCUGGGAGAGAUGGUGAACAUAGAAGGGCUCACCUUCCAGGUCAUCUCUUCCUAUGUCCUACGGCCCAUCGCUUUCAUGAUGGGUGUAGACUGGGCAGACUGUCCAAUGGUAGCUGAGAUGCUGGGGAUCAAGUUCUUCCUGAAUGAAUUUGUGGCUUAUGAACGGUUGUCUCAGUACAAAAACAAACGUCUCUCUGGAAUUGAGGAGUGGGUCGGGGGUGAGAAACAGUGGAUUUCUGUGAGAGCAGAAAUCAUCACAACUUUUUCACUGUGUGGAUUUGCCAAUCUCAGUUCGAUGGGGAUCACAUUAGGAGGCUUAACUUCAAUGGCCCCCAAACGGAAGAGUGACUUUGCCAAGCUAGUAAUGAGUUCCCUCUUGACAGGGGCCUGUGUAUCUCUGGUCAAUGCCUGUGUGGCAGGAAUCCUCUAUGUUCCCAGGGGGGCUGAGGUCAACUGUGCCUCUUUCCUGGACACAACAAAUUUCACCAAUCCUAGCUAUGAGAUCUAUGUAUGCUGCAAAGAAUUCUUCCAGAGCAUCACACUCAACAACACUGGCCAGCUCCCUUUUCCACAACUCUGGACAAGCCCAGAAUUCAGUGCCACGACCCUCGCCAACUGCUGUGGACUUUACAACCAUACUAUCUGCGUUGAAAACGGCCACUUUGUGUAACAAUAUUUGAUCAUAGCUCUAGAGGUAGAAAGACCUUUGGGAUCAUCUAAUCCAGUGAUAAUCCCAGCAACUGCAUAUGAAUGUAGAAAACCACAAAUUAGCAUUAUCUAUGCUGUAUUAUGUUUUUAAUUCUUUUGUUAAAUGUUUCCCAAUUACAUUUUAAUAAGGUUCAGAUUACACUGGAGAGUUCCCAAGGGCCAGAGCCAUAAAUUUGGUACCUCUGAUCUAGUCAUCCUCCUCACUUUGCAAAUAACAAAAUUGUUUCAAAUUCUUUAUUAAUGUCUAGAUUGAUUUAAUACAUAAUUCUCUGCGGUUUUAAAUUGUCCAAGCUAUAACAAAAGAAACUGAGGCAGAGUUCUAAGCCAAUGGCACUUUAUCAAAGGGUCCAUGGUCCCCUCUAAUGAAGUGGACCUCAGAUCUUCCUCAUGAUCUUAGAUGCUCCUUUCCUCUAGGGCUUUUGAUAAGGUUUGAUACCAGGUUUAAUAUCUGAACACUCUAGAGGGGCUACGCAAAAUACAGAAUCCCAUUGGUUGGUAGAUCUUGCUUCAAGGGCCAAAAAUGAUAUAUCAGCCAAAACAAUGGUAUGUCAGCAGGGGCGGGUCUUGGGUUGGGUGAAGCAUGGGGUGUCUCCAUUGACUAAGUGGUCAUAAGAUGGUCACCUGCUCAUGUUGGACAAGAGGGAGUGGUACAGAGGUAAUAAAUUGGGGGAUUUUCCAUGUAAUUGUGUCACUUCCACCACGCUGGGUUUAGUCAUCAUAAUAAGGAAACACAAGGGCAGAGGGCCUCUGGUUAGCUUUCAGUGAUUAAACAAGUGAACUUACCAUCUGCAGUUCACAGCUCUGGGGCCUAAUAUACAGAACCAACACUACCCCUAUGGAAUCACAUCAAAUUGAUUAAUACUGAUUGAAAUAAAAUAGGCAUCUGAAUAAUUUUCUCAUAGUUCCUACCAUACAAUUAACCCAUCAAAGUCUUUAACAAUCAUGUAAAAAUAAAAAAUUUCAUUUUGGUUCACAGUUCACUGAUGAAAAUGAAUACCCUUG